CUUUUCACUCGCUAAAUCCAUACAUACAAUGCCAUAUGCUCAUAAGAUGAGACCCUCGAUAGAAAACCUGUAGACGACAAACAACCUCUCUCAAAACUCGCCAUCAUGGCUGCUGCCUGGGUCAAGUCCUUACAGUGCAAAUCACGAGCAUACGACGACGUUUUCCAUCCCUCCUCCAAAAAUCUCUUUCCCAGUUCUAGUUGCAGAAGAUCCGACGUUGUCGAAACCUCCACCAAGAGCAAGCAAUAUCAAAGACCUAAAACUUUUAAGAAGCCACCCACAAAGCCUGAACCUAGUUUUAACUCCGCCGUCAGACCUCGUCACAGUCAUGGAACAUCUGAUCGUCCUGUACGGAACCCCGAACACCCUAAAUUUCCCACGCUUACGGAGCUUCCCGAGGGCCACCCUUCACGUAAUGUAGUAGAGAUUAUAUUCCACACCAGCUGGGGCCCGAAAGCCUUUUCCGGUCGGGUUGACAUGAUAUUCAAGGUGCAGAAUGGACCAAGGACGGUGGCCCGAUUCGAGGAGUAUAGAGAGUUGGUUAAGAGUCGAUGCGUGUCGGGUUUGAGUUCCGGCACUCCGAGCGAGGAGCAGAACGCAAGGUGCGUAGCGGAUGGGAAUGAGGUAAUGAGGUUUUACUGUAUGGGUCCCACGUUUGAUAAUAGCAGGUACGGGGCUUUGAGUUUUCCGGGCGGAAAAGGAUCGGCGAUUUGCACAUAUUCUGGCAGCAGUGGGGCCAAUGAGAGAGCCGGCGGAGGCAGAGGGAGGCGGGCCAUGUUGGUUUGUCGGGUUAUUGCAGGUAGGGUUUCUAAGCAAGUCGGGUUUGACUCGGUGUGUGGGGAGAACGACGAGUUACUUGUCUUUGACUCGCGCGCGGUGUUGCCCUGUUUUCUUAUUAUCUACAAAUUGUAAAAGUCAUAUAUUUUUUUUUAAUGUGGGUAUUUUAUUUUAUUA